AUGAAGAACUUAAACUAAUUAAUAAAAUAAAAGCAAAUCACAUAGAGUGUCCUAUAGGAUCUAUUUUUGACAAGCGUCCACCUUAAAGAGAGAUAACUUAUCAUUAAAUUUAAGAAGUUUAUUAAGAAUAACGGUGUUUUGCACUUGCACUCAAUAAAUAAGGUUCAAUAAUGGCUGGAGAAUCUAAAAAUGAUGUAAAAAAUUUGAAAUUUUGAAAUAGGAUAAUUCAGAGAUUCAGGAGUAAACUUAAAAGGUCAUAAUUUAGAUGUUACGUAUAUUAUUUUUAAUAAACAGAUAAAUUGGUUUAUAACUGGAAGUAUAGAUUGUAAGAUCAUAGGAUCGAAAAAGAUUGCUAAUUCAAUUUAUUGGGUACCAUCAUAACCUUGUGACACUUAUUCAAUUGUAUGGUGUUUAUUUUUAAAUUAAAGUGAAAAUUUAAUCUUUUCUGGUAGUUCAAAUGGAUCAAUCAAGGUUUGGACUUUAAACACAGAUAAGAAUUAGUUAAUGUUUGAUUAUUAGCUUAAUAAGCAUAGUAAAAAUAGUGGUUAGGUGAGUAUGAAUGAAGAAAAAACACAAAUAGUCUCAUUUAGUGAUGAUAAAACAAUAAUAGUUUGGAAAAAGAAGGCAAAUGAAAGAAAAUUUAAGUUCAAGUAAGUUUUUGAAAAUCUGAAAAAUGAUAAUGGAUUUAGUGAUUGUUUUCUUAAUAAAGAUACAAUAGCUUGGUGAAAAGAAUAUUAGGGUUCUUUUCAUAUAUUUAAAUAAGAAGUAGAAAAGUUUGUAGACAAAAAUGAGUUUCAAAUUAACUUAAGAAUUAAUACUUAUAGAUGGAUAAUCCUUAUUUUUUUCUAUUUAUAAAUAUUUAUCAUAAAGCAUUACAAAUAUGUUAAUAUCUUGAGCUAUCAAAGUUAAUCAUUUAAUGUUCAAAAUGAGCCAAAUGAUUGUAGAUCUUGCAAAAAUUAUGGAAAUAUUACUGAGGAUGGAAACUCUUUAAUAGUUUGGAAUGAUUAAACUUUAUCAUUUUACGUUUACGAAUUGAAAUAUCAUUGA